UCUAGAUAAAAUAAGUACCCAGGAGGGUGAUCUGUUAUCUAGAUGCUUAGUUGGGUAUUGCAGUGAGAAGCCCAAGGAGAGGACAACUUUAGCAGACAUAAGAAGAUGGUCAUCAACUAGUUGGAAGAAAGCCUUUGGAAUCAACAUUUACGAACUGAAUGAUGAGAAGUUUUUGUUUGAGUUCCCAAACAGAAACAUGGCAGAACAAACCAUUAAUGAGCAGUGGCGUUGGAAGUCUUGUAAUUUUAAUCUGGAAUGGUGGAAACCAACAACAGGUUGUACUCCUAAAUAUGCACUUGUUAAAGAAACAUGGAUUAGGGUUGUGGGGAUCCCCCUACAUCUUUGGUCAAAGAAGGUUUUCCAAGAGAUAGGAGAAAUCUGUGGAGGCUGGUUGGCUACAGAAGAGGAAACAGAGCUAAAAAAUCAUAUGAAGUGGGCUAGGAUCCUGGUAGCUAACGAUGGUAGCAGUAUCCCAAGAGAGGUGGAGGUCUCGCGCAAAGGCACUAAAUUCCACCUUCCAAUCUGGCCGGAAUACUUGCCAAGAUUUGAAUCAUCGCCGGAAAAUGAUAAGGGGGAAGAUGAAACCUAUUAUCCAGUUCAGAAGUCUACCCAAAGGAUUUUAGAGGAGGUCGUAGGUGAUGAUGCAAGGAGAUCCCAUCAAACUAGGGAUUUGCUACUCUCUCAGCACGUGACAACGUCAGAGAAAGUUAAAUCUAAAGCAUGUGAGGGGCACGUGAGUUUUUUAAAUGAGACUCUGGAGGUGGAUCACCAAGUUGGGCCUAAUUCCAAGUUACAGAUUGAAGGCCCAGAUGUGGCAGGCCUGGUAAUUGCUAAUAAUUUUCAAGAGGACAUAACGGUAGUCCAGAGCACCUUUGACUUUAUCGAAGACAUAACAGCUCAAGUGGCCAUGAACGACAAUUCUCAGUUACCCGAGAAGAGAAGUUCGCACGCGACGGUAGCGGAGAAAUCAAUUGAGUUAAUGGGGGGAAAAGGAGUCGCAGAUAGUGGGAGAAGAGGCUGAUAGUCAACUGGAAAGGAAUUUUGAUGUGGGUGGGGAUGAUCGAAUCAACAUUGGGGUUACUACUCGAAAUUCUGAAACAGAGUUAGUCAACUGGGAGGUUGAUGAUGUAGAGCCUCUAAUGGUGCAGCAACAACUCAUAACUCGGGGCAAGGAAAAAGAAGCAUCUAAUUGGGUGCAGCAAAAUCUCAUUAAAUUGGGGAAAAUUUUUGGGAUUGAUUUCCAAGGUCAUGAAGAGGAAGCCACAGAACUUCUGAUGCAAAUAGACAGUUGCAGACAAGCAAGAAAACUGGAAUCGUGCAGUGAAAUUAAAAAAACUAAGACUAAAAAGGUGUACAAGAAUUAAAAAACUUGGUAUGUUUUGAUGUCAAAUUUAAAAGUACAGGGAACAGAGGAAAGGGGAGGAGUGCAAGUGCUAGUACUUGAUGAAUUUUAAACUAGUAUCUUGGAAUGUUAGGGGACUUAAUAAUUUAGAGAAGAGGAGGCUAGUAAAUAGCAUGAUAUGGGGGUGGAAGGCAGACAUCAUAUACCUUCAAGAAACAAAACUGGAAGGCAAUGUCGUAGAUUAACCAAGCAGGUCUGGGGAGGAAGGUGGAUCAGACAAGCAUAUCUGGAAUCCAGUGGGACA